GCGAGGGAACGCAGCCAAACAGGACCGGUUUCAUGCUAACGCUAAUGGCCCCAGAAGGGUGAAGCAGCACUCCGACGAUGGCUGGGGUGUUUGAGGUGGAGGUUGAUGGUGUGGAGCACGACCACGGACUGGGGCACCACGAUGAACCGCACCAGAUUGAUGUGUCCAAGCUCUCACCAGAAGAAAAGUGGAGGGUGGAGCAUGCAAGAAUGCACGCCAAACACAAAGGCCAUGAGGCCAUGCACGCAGAGAUGGUGCUCAUCCUCAUCGUCACCCUGGUUGUCGCCCAGUUAGUCCUUGUGCAGUGGAAACAGAGACAUACAAAGUCAUACAAUCUAGUGACUCUGUUCCAGAUGUGGGUAGUUCCUCUCUACUUUACUACCAAACUCCACUGGUGGAGGUUCCUGACCACGUGGUUUAUCUUCUCUGUCGUCACAGCCUACAUCUCCGUCCGUGCCACUCGCAAGCCACUGGCCUGCACCACACCGAGGUUGGUGUAUAAGUGGUUCCUCCUCCUCUACAAAGUCAGCUAUGCUACAGGAAUAGUUGGUUACAGUGUCAUCAUGUUUACACUUUUUGGUAUCAACCUAAUAUUCAGGAUAAAGCCAGAGGAUGCCAUGGACUUUGGUGUUUCUUUACUAUUCUACGGUCUGUACUACGGCGUCCUUGGGAGGGACUUUGCGGAAAUGUGUGCAGACUUCAUGGCCUCAACCGUUGGGUAUUACAGCGCAUCCGGCAUGCCAACCAAACACCUCGCUGACGAUAUAUGUGCCGUGUGCGGUCAGCCCAUCCUCGUAGACGUCAGUGAGGAAGGGAUUAUUGAGAACACGUACAGAUUGUCCUGCAACCAUGUGUUCCAUGAGUUCUGCAUAAGAGGAUGGUGUAUCGUCGGAAAGAAGCAGAUGUGCCCUUACUGCAAGGAGAAGGUGGAUCUGCAGAGGAUGUUCAGUAACCCGUGGGAGAGGCCACACGUCAUGUAUGGACAACUUUUGGACUGGCUUCGGUAUCUAGUUGCCUGGCAGCCUGUUAUUAUUGGAUUUGUGCAAGGUAUCAACUACAUCCUGGGUCUGGAGUGACCUGCGACUGGCAGUAAAGGACAUACACACUACACAUAGAAGAUGUGCAGUGGCUCCAAAAGACUGUGGGCCUAACAUUGAACUAAAAAUACCAAUAAAAAGUGUCUAUACCUUUUUUUUGUAUGUAUUUAUAGGCACAUUGUCUGCAUUUUACAGAUUAUUUGAAUUUUAUUAGCAAUUUGAAAUUUGAUGUCAGUCUCCCAAGAUUUGCUUUACACCAGCGUUACACUUUAAUAGGUUUGUGCAUCUUACAGUCUAGUAAAACGUUUUUUUUGGAAAUCAUUAGAGAGGUUCUCAUUUUAAUAAUCUAUGUCUUAAGUGUGCGUGUUGAUAGUGGAAGGAUCAUGCUGGUGUUUUUCUUCCUCAUGUUGAUGACAUGAGAAAUAAAUACUGUAUGGAAAUAG